ACUCUGUAGUCACUCCAAACAAUCUCCAAUAUACGCACUAAAUUCUAAAUUCUCAAUUUUUCGACUUUUAUACUGUAUAAUUCCGCAGGAAAUGCCUCCCAGGCCCCAGCACCGCGAUGUGGCCCAGUUUCUGAGCAAGAUUCGUGACUUUUUGCUUGGCCGCAAGCACAAGACGGCCCACCGUUUCGCGGACACAAUGUCGCCGCGCACUCAGCCCCAGCCGCACAUUCCGUCAGGCCCGUUUCGACGUCUGUUCGGCAACUAUUACUACACGAGAGAUCCACGGAGGAGCGUGAAGCCGGACAUUGAUGUUGUCCAGGAGCGAAUGAACAUGAUAGCAGCCAAGGCGAAGGCCAAGGCGGCAGCUCAGGCAGCGGCCAAGGCAGCUCCCGCACAGCCGGGCGUGAAGCCUCCUCCAGCCCAGCCGGCCGUGAAGCCGCCUCCACCACCAGCGCCACCAAAGGCAGCAGAUGCCAAGAAAGCUGACGAGUGUGACGAGCAGAAGACCGAUUCCGGCUUCAAGAAUCUUCCCACACCCGGAAAGAUGCAUUCCUGGGAGGGACCGUCAGAUUAAAGAAAUUCCAAGUAAUUCUGUUGAAAUCUAAUUGAAAUGUAGAGCCACCAUUCGGAUGCCUGCAUUAAAUUCCUGUCUCCA